AUGGAAGAAGAAAAACAAGUAGACUUCUCAAUAGACAGGUUUAGCCAAGUCCAUCCUAGUUUCGGAGGCUACAAGGCUAUUUUCCUUGGAGACUCCUGUGCAGGAAAAACUAGUCUGUUGAAGCGCUUCGUUGAUGGGAAUUAUGAGAUGCAUCGCCCUACUACCAUCGGCUAUGAAUAUAUGACUUGCACCUUUAACUUGAAGAAUGAGAUCACUCCUUCGGUGAACAAUGUUCAUAGCACAAAGAAAGUCAAGCUCAAUAUUUGGGAUACCCCUGGCGAGCUCAAGUUUCGAAGUAUGCCGAAACAGUUUAUCAGAGAUUCUCACAUUAUAGUCAUUUGUUAUGACCUCACCUCGAAGGACUCUUUUGAUAACAUCAAAGAAUGGAUGGAGGUUGUGGAGCAAUACCUCCAACAAGGCGAGUACCUACUCUAUUUCUGUGAAUGAAAAUCUGAUCUUGAGAAUGAUAGAGAAGUCGGGGCAAGGGAUAUCAAGCAACUUGAGAAAGAAUUCUCCACCAAGGUCUUCUCAACUUCUGCUAAAGAGAAUGCUGGCAUACAGGCUAUGUUCACAGAAAUCAUGCAUGAUGUCAGAGAAUCUAGCAUUUUUGUGAAGAAUAGGGGUACUUUUUGUCUCUCAAGUUCUUCUAGUAAAUCUGAAGAGAGUCCACAAACUUAUUAUCAAAUUCUGAAGGGAUCCUGAUGCUCUACCUAA